CUUGGGUUCCUGCUCGGUUAUAUAUAUGUUCUACAUGUGCAGCUGCAUGUCACUCACUUAUUGAUUAUCUUGACAGGAUCUCUCUUUACCUACCUAAAAUCUAUUCUAUAAUAUCCAUCCUACAACCAACGAACCAGACACUGGUGUCUAUUCUCAACACAUCCACACCCCCUCAUCACCAACACCAACACUACCUCCUUCUCUAUCAACAUCCUCCCUCGCCUCACCUCAACCACAACUCGAACCCAAAACAGAAGACCUGGAAAGAAAAGAAAAGAACCAUGUCUCCCACAAUGACCCGUCCCACACCAACCCUCCUCACUCCCUCCACAAGAAGCGCAACAUCCUCCUCAUCCUCCACCUCCCCCACAACCUUCUCCCAAGAUAUCUCCCGCGCCAUCCUCUCCGCCUCAUCACACAUCCCCAAAGCCGUCGUCGAUUCUACCUCCACGCCCACCAGCACGGCGACGACUCCCUACGCCGAGAAAAGUGAGUGGGAGUUUGCUUUGCCGCCUCCGCCGCCGCCGUCGCCGGUCGAGAUGAGGAGGUUUUGGGCUUGAUUCGAUGAGUUAUAGGAUUGUUGAUUGGACGGGGGUGGGGAUAGAUGGGGAUAGG